AUUCAAUUUAUUAUUUCUUAAAUUUAUUGUUAAAAUUUCAUCAAAAUGUUGACUAUAUUUUUAAUUUUUUAUAUUUUAGCACCUUUUACCUGUGCCUUCAUAAAUCGAUAUGGUUUUAGAUACUGUUUAUUUUUUGGCAGUUUAAUGACUAUCUGUUGGGCAAUAUUCAUGUGGUUAUUUGAUAGUACAUUUACUACUAAAACGGGUUGGAUAUUAGCAGCUUUAGGCGGGGCGGGAACGGGCGUGAUUCAAACAACGUUCACAGUGCUCUUGUCGUUAUUGUACAAUAUGUCAAGACCAGCGGCCCAUUUGUUAAUGCACCUGGGCAGUUUUGCAGGUAUAAUUGUUGUGCCCCCCUUAACAGAAUACAUAAUUCUAUUCGUCGGAUGGCGUACAGCGUCAUUUUUUCACUUCAUUAUGUUGCUGAUGUCGCUUCUGUUUUGGAUACUUGUGGCGAUACCGGUCCCACAAAAAAUUGAAAUUAUUGACGACGGUCCAGUAGCAUUAAACGAAAACUCAAUCCAAUCUAAAGCUAUGCAUGUAGCCAAAGAUGUUAAUAACCUACGCAGAAAUGAUAGAUUACCAACAGUAUGGAAUACAAUUGGUAACCGAGAACUGCGAGUAUUUCCUUUCAAAAAAGACACGCCUCUAUUUAAAAGAACCAAGACUCUGAAAUCUUUGGGUAUCGAUCGCAAGCAAAGACUCUACAUAAUUAAAGAGCCUGAAGUAUACUUGAGUACCUUAAGGGAUUUUUUCAAUGUUCCUUUGAUCGGAAGCAGACCUUUAUAUCGAGACGAUGUUCUAUUUACUGGUCACGUGUAUCAUGUCUUAGAAAACGAAAUGAAGGACCAAGAAUUCUUUUACCCAUUACUGAUGACUAGAAUUAUGACGUUGGACGACUUGGAACAAGAAUUGAAUAAACGAUAUAAAUGCUGGACAACAGCCAUGAGCCGACCAUUCAUUACUCUAUUCAUGCCCACCAUUUGGUAUACAAGCAUAAAGUUCAUUUUGUUAGCAGCUGCCGAGUUCUUCAUACAUUCGGCCAGAUUCGCACCAUUCCUAUUCCUUAAAGGACCACCGGGCUCGAAGACUUCUGCCGAAACUAUGGUGACGUUAAUCGCCGGUGGGAUAGGACUGUUAGCCGGUCGGGCUAUUGGAUACAUCAUGCACGAGACAUCAUCGCUACCGGUUCCUAUCUAUACGGUCAGCAUUACUUUGAUGGCCAACGGAUUAUGUCUGUUUUUAUCUGCUACGACCGAAUUGAAAGAAAUACUGCCAUAUUUUCUACUGUUUGGAUUGUUUUUCGGCUAUUACAAUUCUGUGCAAAACGCAUUGCUGUACAACGUGUUUCCCGUGCACAAGAUCAACAACGUGUACGGACAAAUUUCCCUGGUCAAAGCAGUGGCUUCUUUCGUCGGUAUCAUCGUUGCCGUCGUUAUCGUGCAAAGGGACAACCGACAGAGCACAGAGCGCGUGUACAUAUACGCCGGCCUACUCAUGAUGGCUGCCGGAACAUGCGUAGGGAUUUUGCAAGCCGCCUGCAAUUGCUUGAGAAACAAUUGCUCAUCUCCGUUGAUCUGCGACAGCAUCAAACGUCGACGUUUGUCUUGUUCGACCAACAAAAAGAUGGCAGUGUGUCCACCGAUGGUCGCGUUGUGAUUUGCCCUGCAACACUCACAUUAUUCAACGACUAUCAUUGUAAAAAAUGUAAUAAAUGAAAUGCAUCUGAAUGAGUUGUUUUGAAUUUUCCCAGCAAAAGUUGUACCGUAUUUAUUUUGGCUCGGUGUAGUUUAUUGAGGUGUACGUGUAUACUUCACUACUUCCAUACACUAUCCGAUUUCUAAUACUGAAAAGCGCAUUUUCUUCAGUGUUUACGCAUCACUGCGUUUAUAUUGUGUACAGUUUACGGUACUUUGCAGUAUUGCGCGUUCAAGUUAUACCGGAUCUGUUCAAGCAAACAGCUUUUCAUCAAGGAGGAGUUGACUCCGGCCAUUUUGUCGUCGUGUCAUGUACACCCACUCCUCUCGAGUACAUACCGACUCAACGGGCAA